UAUAUUUCCGGGUCUGCUUCAGGAAUGUAAACUAUUCAACAUGGAGACAGUUGAUAAGCUGGAGGCGAUGUUCCAGAAAGCAGAAGCUGAUAUAGAAUAUGUGGAAAAGCGGCUGAAAUUUGACUUCAUGGCCAAUGCUCGAGAAGCGGGCACGUUUGAGGGAAACCCUGUUCAGUUGCUGGAGAACCUGUCGGCUAUCAAAGCACGGCAUGCGGCCCUGUGCACGCAGGUGGAGGAGAUUACGGCCGAACAGAAACGAUCAAUGGAUUCAAUACGAGCUCACCUGGACACCACUGUGCAGCUGGUUCAACAGCUGCAGAACACAGCAGAUGUGCAGGUUCCACCGCUGACAAAAGAAGAACAAGAAGCGAGAGAUUUUCUCUGCUCAUCCAUUGCCGCAUUAAAUGUAGAGGAUGUGCCUGCAGGAGAACCUCAAACUCAAGCACAGUCUGAAUCACAGAACGUGUGUGACGAGGUUUCUGAGGGGACUUUUGAGACUGUCCCACGGAGUGUUCGUGGUAACUUGAAGCUGAAUGACCUCAACAUGCUCUAUAAGCAGUUAUCUGAGUACUUCUCAGAUAAGGACAGGGGGCCAAUAAGCACUCAGAGGAUGAAGAAGCUGAACAUGAAAGUCAGUGAUUCUGCAUUGAAGACCUUACAGCAUCUCAAAAUCAUUGAACUGGAUAAAAAAGGACUUGUGUCAUUGCUGGCAAAAGACAGGGAAAAAACAGGAACAAAAUAGACAUCAAAACAUAUAAAUCAUCCAGUUCCUUCCACCUCUGUGCUGAAGUAUAUCCCUUCUUGCACUUUGAUUGGAUCAACAGUUUAGAACGGGAAUAACGGCGACUUGAAAACACUUCAUAAACAUUGCAUCCAUAAAGUUAAAGUAUAUCCAUUAAUCAGAAUUGCAUACAUUUAAAAGAAAAUAAUUUUAAGCACUAAACUUAUUUUUGGCUGUUAUUUACGGCCUACAUAAUGGUAUGGAACCAUUAUUAAAUUAGAUCAUGACCUGCUGUGGCAUCAUUAGGUUUGUAUAAGAAAGAAACUGUUCGGCAUAAGAGUUUAUAUUUUUUGUAAAGUGAAACCGGUGUUUAUGAAAUUUCAGAUCUUAGUGAAGCAGGGGAGACUAUUUGAAUGGUAAGAUUUUUAGAUGGGUUACUGUUAUAAAUAUUUUGAGUAUGCAAUAAAAUCUCUUUUUUU